GACCAUGGCAUGCACAAGGUAAAGGCAUAAAAAAAAACUAGAGAGAGAGUGAAAAAGAAAAGAAAAAAAGAGAGACUCAAGAAGAGAAAUACACAAAUAUUUGAAGAUUUGUGUUUGCAAAAAUGGAGAUGUAUGAUAAUAGCAAUCUACUACCACCAGGAUUUAGGUUCUAUCCUACAGAAGAGGAGUUGGUGGAUUUUUAUUUGAGAAAUAAGCUUAAUGGCAAAAGAGAAUUGGACAUUCAACGUGUUAUACCUGUUGUUAAUAUAUAUCAACACAAUCCAUGUCAACUUCCAGAAAUGGCCGGAGAAGGAAUUCGAGAUGACUCAGAGCAAUGGUUUUUCUUCAUUCCAAUUCAAGAUAGGGAAGCUAGAGGAGGGAGACCUACUAGGCUUACAACAGAAGGAUAUUGGAAAGCUACUGGAACUCCUGGUUAUGUAUAUUCAUCAAAUAAUAGAAUUAUUGGAGGCAAAAGAACUAUGGUUUUCUAUAAAGGAAGAGCUCCAAAUGGGAAGAAGACCCUAUGGAAGAUGAAUGAGUAUAAAGCCAGUGAUGGAGAAGCUUCAGCAACAAAUAGUGUUACAAAUUUAAAGGUCAGUGGCACCCUAAAAAAAUUAGGGUUUUUAACUAGUUAGUUGUACUUCUAAGCUAGAGUCAAAUCUCUCGCGUCAUUUGUCUCG